AGGUGUAGGGAGUGUGUGGGGUAGAGUAAGAGGGGACUCAGAAGUCCCAGUAUCUUGGAGCGCCGGGCCGUCGAUCCUUCAUUCCUGCCCUCGGGGCAGACAGAGUGACCCCGGCCCCAGUCCCCGCCCUGACCAUGGUAGUGUUCAAUGGUCUUCUUAAAAUUAAAAUCUGCGAGGCCGUGAGCUUGAAGCCCACAGCUUGGUCGCUGCGCCAUGCGGUGGGACCCCGGCCGCAGACUUUCCUUCUGGAUCCCUACAUCGCCCUCAACGUGGACGAUUCGCGCAUCGGCCAAACAGCCACCAAGCAGAAGACCAACAGCCCGGCCUGGCACGACGAGUUCGUCACCGACGUGUGCAAUGGGCGCAAAAUCGAGCUGGCCGUCUUCCACGAUGCCCCCAUCGGCUACGACGACUUCGUGGCCAACUGCACCAUCCAGUUCGAGGAACUGCUGCAGAAUGGGAGCCGCCACUUCGAGGACUGGAUUGAUCUGGAGCCAGAAGGAAGAGUGUAUGUGAUCAUUGAUCUCUCGGGGUCGUCAGGUGAAGCCCCUAAGGACAAUGAAGAACGUGUGUUCAGGGAGCGCAUGCGACCGAGGAAGCGGCAAGGGGCCGUCAGGCGCAGGGUCCACCAGGUCAAUGGCCACAAGUUCAUGGCCACUUACCUUCGGCAGCCCACCUACUGCUCCCACUGCAGAGAUUUCAUCUGGGGUGUCAUAGGAAAGCAGGGAUACCAGUGUCAAGUUUGCACGUGCGUGGUCCACAAGCGAUGCCAUGAGCUCAUAAUCACAAAGUGCGCUGGUUUAAAGAAACAGGAAACUCCCGAUGAGGUAGGCUCCCAGCGGUUCAGUGUCAACAUGCCCCACAAGUUUGGUAUCCACAACUACAAGGUCCCCACCUUCUGCGACCACUGUGGGUCCUUGCUCUGGGGCCUGCUGCGGCAGGGCUUGCAGUGCAAAGUCUGCAAGAUGAACGUUCACCGUCGAUGUGAGACAAAUGUUGCCCCCAACUGUGGAGUAGAUGCCAGAGGAAUUGCCAAGGUACUGGCAGACCUAGGUGUCACUCCAGACAAGAUCACCAAUAGUGGCCAGAAGAGGAAAAAGCUCAUUGCUGGUGCCGAGUCCCUGCAGCCUGCUUCUGGAAGCUCACCGUCUGAGGAAGAUCGAUCCAAGUCAGCACCCACCUCACCCUGUGAUCAGGAAAUAAAAGAACUUGAAAACAACAUCCGGAAAGCCUUGUCAUUUGACAAUCGAGGGGAGGAGCACCGAGCAGCAGCAUCCACCGAUGGCCAGCUGGCAAGCCCGGGCGAGAACGGGGAAGUCCGGCAGGGCCAGUCCAAGCGCUUGGGUCUGGAUGAGUUCAACUUCAUCAAGGUGUUGGGCAAAGGCAGCUUUGGCAAGGUCAUGUUGGCGGAACUCAAGGGUAAAGAUGAAGUGUAUGCUGUGAAGGUCUUAAAGAAGGAUGUCAUCCUUCAGGAUGAUGAUGUGGACUGCACGAUGACAGAGAAGAGGAUUUUGGCUCUGGCGCGGAAACACCCAUACCUAACCCAACUCUAUUGCUGCUUCCAGACCAAGGACCGCCUCUUUUUUGUCAUGGAAUAUGUCAAUGGUGGAGACCUCAUGUUUCAGAUUCAGCGCUCCCGAAAAUUCGACGAGCCCCGCUCACGGUUCUAUGCUGCAGAGGUCACCUCAGCCCUCAUGUUCCUUCACCAUCAUGGAGUCAUCUACAGGGAUUUGAAACUGGACAACAUCCUUCUAGAUGCAGAAGGUCACUGCAAGCUGGCUGACUUUGGGAUGUGCAAGGAAGGGAUUCUGAAUGGUGUGACAACCACCACGUUCUGUGGGACUCCUGACUACAUAGCCCCUGAGAUCUUACAAGAGUUGGAGUAUGGCCCUUCUGUGGACUGGUGGGCCCUGGGGGUGCUGAUGUAUGAAAUGAUGGCUGGGCAGCCCCCAUUUGAGGCUGACAAUGAAGAUGACCUCUUUGAGUCCAUCCUCCACGAUGAUGUGCUGUACCCAGUCUGGCUCAGCAAAGAGGCUGUCAGUAUCUUGAAAGCGUUUAUGACCAAGAACCCCCACAAGCGUCUGGGCUGUGUGGCAGCACAGAAUGGUGAGGAUGCCAUCAAGCAGCACCCGUUCUUCAAGGAGAUCGACUGGGUGCUUCUGGAGCAGAAGAAGAUUAAGCCACCCUUCAAGCCACGAAUUAAAACCAAAAGAGACGUCAAUAACUUUGACCAAGACUUUACCCGGGAAGAGCCAGUACUCACGCUUGUGGAUGAAGCGAUUGUGAAGCAGAUCAACCAGGAGGAAUUCAAAGGCUUCUCUUAUUUUGGUGAAGACUUGAUGCCGUGAGAGGCCACUCCAAAUGGAGGUUCUUGAUGCUGCAAGAAGGGGUGCCGAGAAGAUUCCUGCUUUCCAGAGGCUCAGAAGGUUGUGAACUACUUCUCUUCCCCAAAGCCCCAGUCCCAUUUAUGCUAUCUAUUUAUUGCAUCCCCUUACCCAAGCCAGCUCCUCUCUCCUUCCACCUGGUGACCAAAAGGCAUUCUUGGUUUCUGUCUCAUCAGUAAUGCAGAACCAUGUUGGGUCAAAAGUUAGCCAUACACACUGCCAUAACUGUACGGUUGGCAAACCUGGUUUCACUCCUCAGGGGCACCUGGCAGUGAAGCAACUUCAUUUCCUUUCACUGCAAAGAAAAAGAGAAAAAGAAAAGCACGCAAGAAGGCUGUGGCUCUGCUAUUGGACAAAGAGGGACCGACAACCCUCGCUUCUCAUCCUACCUGUAUCGGCCGGCCAUCCCCUGCCCUUCUGUCCAGGAGAAGAGACUGGAGACUGGUGUAUGGGAGUGGGCACCAUCAAGGCAUGCCCUAUGAAGAGAGGGAGACUUGGAGGGGCACAGUUGGCUGCUUGUGUCAAUUUGCUCUGG